CUCAGCUCUGGAACUUUCUCCACUCCUCUCGAGUCUCCCCGGAUCUUUCCCCUUCUCCACGUCUUCCUCCUUCAUAUAAACCCCCAAGCCCCUCCUUUUCAAAACCCAGAAAAAAGCAAAUAACAAAACUCCAUAACUCUUCCUACAAUUCCUGCAAUUCCUGCAAUGGCGUCGUCUAUUGCUAUCAGAAGGCUCACCGCCCCAACCCUCUUCGCCAGGCUCGUCAACCCAAUCCGCUCCGCUUCCAUCGCUCCCUCUCUUUCUCGCUCUUUCAACACCAACGCCCAGCUCUCCGGCUUCGACGAGGACGAACGGUCCGUAGAUGUCGACCGCCGCUCCGACCGCUCCGUCGCGAACCGCCGUGGCCCCGGCUUCUUCUCUGAUGUGUUGGACCCAUUUUCUCGGACGAGGAGCCUGAGCCAAGUUCUGAACCUCAUGGACCAGUUCAUGGAGAACCCAUUUGUGGCAGCGUCACAAGGAUUGGGAGCCGGGUCGAUGCGAGGGUGGGAUGUGAAGGAGGACGAAAACGCUCUGUACAUUCGAAUGGACAUGCCCGGGGUGGGGAAAGAAAACGUGAAGGUGGGGGUGGAGCAGAGCACUCUGAUUAUUAAAGGUGAGGGGGAGAAAGAAGCGGAGGAGGGCGAGGAAGGAAUGAGAAGGUACUCAAGCAGGCUCGAUUUGCCCCCGAAUCUGUACAAGCUGGACGCGGUGAGGGCGGAGAUGAAGAAUGGGGUUCUGAAGGUGGUGGUGCCGAAGGUGAAGGAGGAGGAGAGGAAGGAUAUCUUCCAAGUGAAGGUUGAGUGAGUAAUGCUGUGAUGGUAGAGUGCUUGUGCUCUGUUUUU